UAAUAAAUACAUUUUCAAACCAAGCUUUUACAACAAGAAUUCAAAUUCAAGGCAUGAAAAAAAAAAAAUUUUAAUUUAAAAAGGGAAAAAAAUAAGAAUUAAAAUCAUUUUAGGAAACAUGUUACUAAAACAAUUUCUUUAAGACUUAUGAAAACGUGGAAUUUUGGUGUACUGCUGUUUCAAAAUUUCUACUAAGGGUGAACGUCACAGAUUUAUUUGAUUUAGUUUAGAAAUCCCCAAAACCUUUACAAACUUUUUUCGAAAACUUUUCUAAAUGGAUUUUGAUCGUCAACAUGAAUUUAAAUCCACUUCUUGGACAUUGUUUGUGGAAUUAGCUGCAGAAACUAACACUAUGAGUUCAGUUUGCAUCAGUUUUCGACAUUUAAAAUGUGAUUCUGUUGAUAGUAUUAUACAAUGUUGUAAACUUGUACCUGAAAUUCACGUGUCCGGUGUGCCGCAAAACAUUGACAAUUAUGACGACGCAAACAAUACAAUUUUAAAUAGCUUCAUGUGUUUGCGUUCCUCUACCAAAAUAAUUCUUGAUGUAUCUCGUAACUUUUUCAAAAAACUUAAUGUUAUAGAUCUUCUCGACACAGUGUUCGUAGCAAUAGAACAAAAUCAUAUUUUAAAAGUAGAGUCUAUUAGAAAUCCCUGGGUUUCGACAUUAAAUAUGUCAGCUAAUGAUUUAAAAGUAUUUCCUUUUUUUUGGGGUCCAAAACACAAUGAAAGGAAAUGUUAUAAAUUUUUAAAAUUUAUUUAUUUAAACCACAAUCACAUAAAAGAGAUACCUAAUUUUUUUGGUUCUUCUUUCCAUAUGUUUAUGCCUCAACUAGAACAUUUAGAUUUACGCAAUAAUCGCUUAAUAACUAUAGAAGGUCUUCCAGGACUCCUUGAUAAUCAUCCCACAUUACAGCAUUUGUCACUUUCAGGAAAUUUUUUAACAACAUCGUGUAUCCAGCACCUUCCCUUUCUACCAAAUUUAAAAAUCAUGGGACUCUUCGCUAACAAACUCGACAGUUCCGUGGAUUCCCCGCCGUUACAUACUCUUGAAGUCAUUUUAAAUAUUUUAAAGUACCGCUAUCCUUGCUUACAAGAACUUUAUUUAAUAGGAAAUCCAGUUGUUAGUCAGCUUGAUCAUGAGGAAUAUAAAGCUAAAGUAAAGAAAAUCUUACCCUUUCUUCAUUACCUUGAUGGAAUUCAGUGCUAGAUCAUUCCACAAUACUUUCGCGUUUGAAUGAUUCGACUUAUAUUCACUCAGUAAACGCUGAAAAAACGUUAAAGUCAAAUGUAUGACAUUUCUUUUUUUCCUAGUUUAACCAGCCACAUUUUGCAUAUUUCUAGUCUUCUUUUAAGUUGAAGUCUUAUAUCGCAAUGUUGUAUUCAAACAAUUCAUACCAUCAAUACUUCUUUGUUUUUACUUUUCAAAAUUUCAUCCUUACAACAAAUAACGACCUAACUAAUCUUGUUUAUGAUUUCGAAAUAUUUUAAGCGUAUAACAUUGAAUUGUUUUAAAUUCAUAUAUUGAUAAAUUUACGUUGUUACACACAGUAAUAACAUAGUUUAUUGUUCAAAA